AUGACACCUGAUGGCCAGGCAGACACAGACAGUUGGCAGCAAAUAAGUGGUUUUGUGCUGCUGGGACUUGGCGCAUGGAUUAGAUAUGGAGCAGCUACGUUUGUGGAUGUCCGGGGCCCCUACUCGUCUCAGCUCAGCUACAUCUGUAUUGGUAUGGGCUCAGUGCGGUCUUUCACGGGUCUCAUUGGCUGCUGUGGGGUUUGGAAAGAGAACCACUUCUUUAUCAUGCUGUUCUUCUUCAUCGUGACAAUGCUGUUUGUUGCCGAAAUCAUUGGGACUGUUUUUGUCUUGACGUACCGGAAUCUGGUUAGAUUAGUGGUACGUGAUGCAAGCAAGAAUUCCCUGAUGACUGCCAAUAUGGGCCCAGCAGCAAAAGACCCAAUCUCAACAGCAUGGAACACAGUCAUGGUCAAGUUCAAAUGCUGUGGUUUUGAGAACUCGACUGGAGAUUUCAAGGGCUCUGUGUUCAGUACAACCAUGGGUUUGAACUACCCUAAGACUUGCUGCGUGAACAAGACCCUUGCAGACUGUGACGGUAUCACCAUCACUCCAAGUCUGAUCCAACCACAGAGCUGCUUUGGUAAGGUCAUUACAGUGGUCAGAGAGCAGAGUGUCAUCCUGGGAUCAGCAGCUGGCUGCAUAUGUAUGAUGGAGGUAUACUAUGGGAGAAUCUCAAUUGGUUUUGCUUGACUCCUCGCGUCGUCUCUUCCGUCCUCUCCUCACCUGAUGAAAAGAUGGCGCCGAAGAACAUAGCUGACAUUUUACAUUCUCCCAACCAAUUGUGCUAUUUUGUUAGUUUUUUAAAAGUUUUGUGUAACUUAUUUUUCAACUUAUUGUGUGCAUAAUGUUGCUUCUACUGUCUCUUAUACCGAAAAUAACUUCUGGACAUCA